GAGAAGAAGGUGUUGAAGAUCUAAUGAAACAAGCAUCGGACACAUGUAGCGAAUGCAGAAAACCUAAAGAAGGAAAGAAAUGGUGUCCAACAUGUCUUUUUCCUAAUAAUUGGACUAGUGGAAAUCGGGAAAUAGAUACAUUUAUUCGCGAGUCUCAAAUGCUUGCUACCACACUACAUCACUGUUUAUUAUGGAUUCCUUUUGAUCAGUUCUCUGAAAUUAAAGAAAUAGCACGUGGAGGUUUUAAUACAGUAUGUUCUGCUACGUGGGACGGAGAUAGAAUCGAUCUUUUAUAUACGAUCGAAAAUUCUCCAGUAUGGGUCCACAGGAAUUGUAUUACAAAGGUUGUACUCAAACAUCUUAAAAAUUCUCAAAGUAUUGAUUCAUCUAUUUUGA